CACCAACGUCAGAGUUGAAGUUUGCUGUUCAGAUUUUUCCUGAAAAAAAACUCGUAGUACAAAAUUUUUCCAAAAUAGCAUUUUCCUAAUUAAUUAUAAAUAAAUAUUUCAACAUAAUCAACAAAAAGAAAAAAACGACUCAAAUUGUAAAUAUGGAACAACAAUAUUCUGAAGAAAUCCUCGCAAAGGCCAUUGGAUCUGUUGAAUUACAAAACAACGACUCAUCAUCAUCAUCAGCCUCUUCAACAACAACGACGACAGUCUCCAAUGGAACAACCGCAACCGCUGCUGGUAGUGGCAAAGAAUUCUAUGGGAAAGCUCAGAAAUACUGGUCCGAGAUACCAGCAACAGUCAAUGGUAUGCUCGGUGGAUUGGGACACAUAAGUGCAGCCGAUGUCAGUGGAUCGAAACAAUUCAUAAAGGAACUGAAAAUACCUGGACAACAGAACGCUCUCGACUGUGGAGCAGGCAUUGGUCGAGUCUCCAAGAACCUACUGAUGCCUCUGUUCGCAAAAGUCGACUUAGUCGAACAGGAUGAACACUUCGCUAAAACUGCCAAGGACUAUUGUAAGAGUGAGAAGCUUGGGAAGAUAUAUAACAUGGGAUUGCAGAAGUUCACACCCGAGGAAGGAAAAUACGAUCUGAUUUGGAGCCAGUGGGUUCUGGGGCAUCUGCCCGAUGAUGAUCUGCUGGAGUUUUAUAAACGAGUCAAAACGGGCUUAGCAAAAGGUGGCUACUUCGUGAUGAAGGACAACGUGACUACAUCUGGGAAAGUCGAACCAGAUGAAGAGGACUCAUCGAUGACUCGGCCAUUGAAUACCUUCGAAAACAUCCUCCGAAAAGCUGGUUUUAAAAUCGUAAAAGUUUCACGACAACAAGGAUUCCCCAAGGGCCUCUAUCCUGUUUAUAUGGUGGCUUGCAGGCCGGCGGCGUGAGAAAAUAAAUAAGAUACAAAAUUAA